AUGCCACCGGUGUUUGUUGUUGAUGAUGAGGACGGGAACAAUCGAGAGCUAGUCGACGACGAAAACAAGGAACGUGACGAAGAUGGUGAGGCGUGCGCGUCAGCCGACGCCCGCAAUACUUACUCACCGUGGCGCGUGAUUAUGUUCGGCAGCAAUCUGGUUUGUUUCGGAUUCGGGGGAUCAGCAGGCCGCGUGGUGCUUGGCCCCUUUCUCGCUGGCAGGUUUCAUGGUUUUCGGUCAAAUGACCGGCCGAUCGGUCUGUCGGUCGGUUGUCGUCGGAAAUAA